ACUUCCGUAUUGGAAUAAGUUUGAGACACACUGCAUGAUUCAUAAGUAAUCGAGGGAUUGAUUUGUUUUUAAAGUGAGAAAAUUUUGAUAAGAAGAUCUAAAGUUUCCGGAUUACAGUGAACGUCAAAUGAUUUGGAGAGUACAUUAGAAUUCUUUUCACUGACAGAAUGAUGUCAUUUUCUGAAACUUUUCAUAAAAUGCAGGAACUGUUUUACGAGCUGAGCUCUAAAAUCAACAGCUACACAUGUACAUGCGGAAGAAAGAUGGACAUAAAUGCAGAUUCAUCUCACAAAACCAGAGAAAGCAGUGUCGAUAAGCAAAGCUUGUUCGGGCAACGACAUCAAGACGGUGAAGAAGAGAGAAUACUACAACUGGAAGGAGAGAGAAAUGCUUUAAACGAUCAUUGUAAAAAACUAAAACACGAGAUAACAGAAAAGGAACAAAGGAUACUCCGACUGGAGAAAGAUCUGUUAGAGAAGGACCGAUCGGAGAUUCAGAUGCGAAAGUCUUUACAGAAAUAUGAAGAAGAGGUGUCGAAGAUGAAAACAGUGGUUACAAAUAGAGAAGAAAAUAUUAGACAUUUAGAAGAACUGCGGAAAGAGGACAAAAGGAAAAUUGAAAAGCUAACAAUUGACACGAGAAGCCAAAAUGUCUUUCAAGAACUAAACGAAGAGUUGAGAAUAACAAAAGACAGAUGUAAGUCAUUGGAAACUCAGAUUGAGAAGUGCAACAGAAAAGAAGUUGUCCUGGGAUUUCACACAACCCUUGUACCAACCAUGUCCUCUCUAAUAUUUAAUGGACUGAUGAAACACCUUGAAGACCGUUUAGCAGAAGAAAACGUUGACUUAGUAAGACGUCCAUAUACUGGAAAGGUACCUUUUAAUUAUCCUUUGCUAGCAGUAUGUGUCAACGUCUCGCGUAUUGCAGCAGAUGCAAAGGAAGCACUGAGAGGAGUUACAGAAGUUGGGAACUGUAAAGAUAUUGCCCUAUUGGUGUUUCAUCACAAAGACGUCCACGCUCUACCAAGUCAAACAAGCGAUAAAAUUCUCACUGGGACGGAAUUUAGCCAUGUUGGACUCAUAUUAGAUUUUGCAUUCCUCACCAACAGAGGAAUUUAUAACUGCGAGUUAAACACCUUGGGCAUCGAGCGGAUUGUGACUUUCUUACUUCAGUACAAGACACGUAAAUGAUUCGGGUGAUGAUUAGAGCGAUGCUAUAAACCAGUACUUACGAAAUCUUUGAUUGUUUACUGAUUUAUGUGGGAAAAUAUCAAAACACACGUCAAGUAUAUUGUAUUAGUUACUAAUCGUCUAUGUGUUAUACUUAGUAUUGUAAAUUACCUUUCGUCAUGAUAUUUCAAUAUUCAUAUACAUUGUGUUGAUUAUAUGAUGUUUAGAAGACCCUAAGAAAGAAUAGUUUUCGAAUCUAAUCGAGUUACCAAUUUUUUAUUUUCACAUUAAUUUUGCCCUUUACUCGAAGAAACUACUAUUUGCAAUACAUGCAUUGUAGUAUCGAGCUAAAAAAAACUUUAUGUUUGGUAGAAGACAUGAUUUAAAAUUUAAAUCCACCUGUGAGAACAUGUUUUGUUCGAACGCCCCAUUAUUUUUCAGGAAUGGAGCUUUCGGAAAGUAGGUCUACCUUUUUAUGUAGAAAUGCUUCUAACCUGACAAAAACGUAAGACGUGAUUUAUACUAAUAGAUAUUCAAAUUUUAGUUUUUAUACAAACUUUAGUUUUUAUUUACGGUUACAUUUACAGUGACAUGAAGUUGAUCAUCAGAUUUGAUGAAUUUACGAUCAUUGUUAUUGUUAUCAGUGUCACUGUCUUUGAUUCCUUGCAGAACUUCAUUUACCAUUUUUGUGUCACAGUUCUGCAUUUAUUAUUGCGGAUAGCAUUCGAUUUAUGUUCAGUCACCUCUGAAAUUAGUUGCUCGUCUACACCAACAUGAUAAAGGCGGGUAGCUGUUGACGCCCGUAACGAGUGGUUUGUUCUAAAUCCAUAUAAACCUCCUUUGCUUAUAAAGGUCGGGUACUACAUUUGCAAGAUUAUGCCUGCCGAGGGGCUGUGCAUAAACCAUUGGUUUUCGGUUGGUUUGGAAAUUGGAGGGAGAUAAACGCGUCACAUAGUUUUACUACCGGGCACUUGCUCAAAUAUUCACAUAUUUCACGAUACAUCGGUCAGGUAGUUCCUUGUUUUCAUAUGCUGGCACACACGUUUUGGAAUGUUUUUCAUGUGUUUGAGUUCUCCUUGAUUAUUUUUAUAGCCAAGACAGUUCCCCGUGUCCAUCCUUACACACAGUUAGUUGUGAACGAUCUCCUAUUUGCAAAUUUCGAUGCUCCAGCGCACAUGUAGUCAAAAGAGGUACAAUGUUGUAUACAGAAGCUUUUGAAGUGUAUCGCCACCUUUGACACCGCUCGAUCACAAAAUGUUUUUUUCAUCCUCCGUUAUCAGCAACGCCUGUUUCUUUGCACCACCAAUAUUUUCAUUUUCUUUGUUUUAUAUAGUGGUAUAGUUUCUAAAAAUACAACGAGCUUAUAAAACAUUAAAAUAGUCUUUUUGUU